GACAUGGCCUGCUUAAAUCUUUUUUGGUCUUAAAUCUGAGAAAUGGCUUCUUUGUUCAGCAAAAAUUAAAAAAAUAUAUCAAUCAUUACUUCAACCCAUUCCCAAGCCGGCUUUGGUAAACCUUGAAGCACUAACCUCUGAAAGCCUCAACGUCACUCCACAUUCACAACCAACCCAACCACAAAUGAAUGGAUACAUAUAUAAGAAUCAACGUGAAUUCACUCCAACGUACUCCUUCCUCCAAACCGUCCGCAAACGAUGAGAAAAAACUCAUCUUUUCGGACCCUUUUCCCCUUCCUGCUGUUAUCCCUCCUCUUCUCUCCUUCCAACCCCGACCCCGACCUCCUCCUCGACUACUGCGUCGCCGACACCUCCCCCGCCGGCCGGUCCCUCCACCUCAACGGCCUCCCCUGCCUCGAUCCCGCCCUCGCCCGCCCCUCCCACUUCGCCACCUCCAUCCUCUCCAAGCCCGGCAACACCGCCGCCAACCCCUUCGGCUUCAACGUCACCCUCACGACCGCCGCCGCCCUCCCCGGGGCCAACGCCCAGGGCCUCGCCCUUGCCCGAAUCGACCUCGCCGCCGGCGGCCUCGUGCCCCCCCACGCCCACCCCCGCGCCUCCGAGGUCGCCCUCCUCCUCCAUGGCGACCUCCUCGUCGGAUUCGUCGACACCUCGUACCGCCUCUUCACCCAGCGGUUGAGGCCGGGGGACGCCUUCGUUUUCCCGAGGGGACUGGUCCACUUCUUGCACAAUUUGAACCCGGCGGCGCCGGCGGCCGCGGUGUCAGGGCUCAACAGCCAGAAUCCGGGGGUUCAGAUGAUUCCGCUGGCGGCGUUCCGGUCAGACCCUGGGAUCCCGCAGGAGGUCUUGGAGAAGACCUUCAAGAUUUCCGGGCAGGAUAUUCGCAGGAUUCAGAAGAAUCUUGGGGGUUAGAUACUGCUCUUGUUUGGCUGUCGGAUAUGAUCACGUGUAAGAGUUCAUUAUGAACAAAAUACGUGCAAAGGGAUAUUUGUUGAAGGCCAAGAUCUAAAUC